AUGCAGCUCUCCCUCUUCUUCGUUACAACACUGAUCGCGUGUGCUGGGGCCCAGGGCACCCAGCCGCAGGAUCUGAAGCGCGCCCUCGUCACCGCUGCCCCAGAACCUGCGGCAGUCGAACGAAUGAUGGAGAAGCGCCAGGCUGGCGGUACGGAAAUAUGCGAUACUGUCACCAUAUUCAACUCGAGAGAAGUUGCAGCCACCGGGAUACACAGUCUGGUCGCUUGCUUCUCGGCCUCGCGGUUCUAUGACUUUCCCAGGACGUACUACCGGGCGACCUUUGCGCUGGCAACGACAACGAGCGAGGAACCGGAGACACUAACGGCGACGGCUACGAAGACCGUAACGCAAACCGCAUCCAAGGGACUGGGGGCGAGCGGCUGGGAUGAUGGACUGCGGACGCGCUGGCUCUAUAUUAUCCCACUGGCCACUACUCUCCUCGGUCUUGUGCUUUUCUGA